AUGGAAACGAUGCAAAGGGGAAAAUGCUUCAACCGAAGGAAUCCGGAGAGACUCUCCAAAUGCUCUGAGUGCGGGAAAUCCUUUGCUUACCGGUCCCUCCUUUUGAUCCACCGGAAGCUGCACACGGGGAAUGGAUCGCAUCCAUGUUUGACAUGUGGGAAAUCCUUUCCUGGAAUGUGGGACUUUGCUAAACAUCUCCGGAGCCACCCUGGACUGAGGCCUUACAAAUGUGGAGAGUGUGGGAAGCGUUUUACUAAAGGCUCGGACCUUGGAGCCCAUCAGCGAAUCCACCAGCGGAAAAGACCUCAGGAAUGCCAGAAAAGUCCGUGGUUAUCUCAGAAAUCAGAGCUUCACACAGGAGAGAAACUUUACAAGUGUGGCCAAUGUGAGAAGGCCUUCGCUCAGAAGUCACAGCUUUGGCUCCACAAGGAAGUUCACAAAGAAAUCAAGUCUUAUAAUGCAUGCGGGAAAAAAAUUGCCCAGCGAUCAUCUCUUCGGCGUCACAAGAAAACAAACAGGAGGGAGAAAAAGGAAGAGUGUCCAGAUUGUGGGAAAUGUUUUUCCACCAAGGCAUGCCUGAUACGACAUCAGACAAUUCAUACUGGCGACAGACCCUAUAAAUGCCCCGAAUUGUGGGGAAAGCUUUGCCUGCAACUGGUAUCUUCGUGCGCAUCAGGAUGCCCACACAGGGGGAAACCAUACAAGUGCACAGAGUGUGGGAAGUGCUUCCUUGUAAAGGGAAGCCUUUGGCAACAUCAGAAGAUUCACUCACGGGAGAAGCCCUUUCAGUGCAUCGAGUGUGUAAUGUCCUUUCAUAGCAAAGGAGACCUCAAACGUCACGGGCAAGUUCACAAAGGAAGAAAAGAUUACAAAUGUUUAGACUGUGGGGCAGCAUUUGCUUAUUUGUCGACCCUUAGAAAACACAGCCAGGUAAAGCACAUAGGAGUGAUUUCCCUGAAAUGUUUGGAGUGCGGUAAAUGUUUUCCCAGGAAUUACAGCCUUUUGAGGCAUCAGCGCAUCCACACCGGAGAAAAACCUUAUAAAUGUCUGGAGUGUGGGAAAUCUUUUGCUUACAAAAAAUAUCUGAAAAUCCAUGAGAGGUUUCACACAGGGGAGAAACCUCACACCUGCAGGGAAUGUGGGAAGGAGUUUGUUCAUAUUUGUGACCUUCGGACCCAUGAGGAGAUUCACACCGGGAUAAAAUCACAUAAGUGCUCUGUGUGCGGAAAAAGUUUUGGUUGGAGUUCGUCUCUUCGAAGGCAUAAGAAAAUUCACAAAAGGCAGGAAAAUGAAGCCCAAAAGGAAAAAAGAAAAAAAUUGGGGAAAAAAAUGCAACUAGAAGGCCAAAUAGAACUGGCCAUUGGCAGAAAAAUGUCUUUAAGAUUGAGACAAAAAUAGGACUUUUGGGUAUUAUUAUGAUGGAUACAAAUUGUAUGCAAUUUCAAAAUAAUUAUGUUAAGGCUGGAAUGAAAACAAUGAUAAUUUAAGAGGGGGAAACUUCCCCAAGGUGUGGCUAUCUCCUCGCAUGCAUUGUAUCUGUAUGUUCUGGAUAUAGUUUCACUCAGUAUUUUCUUUUUGGCCAUAAAUAAAAUCUGUUUUUUUUUGCAA